GAGAAAUCGUGAGUGGAGCGAGCGAACAAUAUUCAAUAUUCAAUUUCACGUUUCUCGUUUGCAGUCCGGCACAUUUUUCAUUCAUUGAUUUUUAAUUAUUUUUCUUUUCUACGAAUUAUAUAAGUAACAACGAAAUUAAUUAAGCAGGAGGAGAAUUCAUUAAUUUUCAAGAACAAAAUGGUGAGCGAAAAUGGUGACGUUAAGAACGACAACAAGACAUUUACUGACGAUGAGGCGGCGCUGUAUGACCGGCAAAUCCGUCUCUGGGGUGUGGAUGCUCAAAAAAGAAUUAACUCGUCAAAGAUUUUGAUAAUUGGAAUGGGUGGAGUGGGAGCUGAAGUGGCGAAAAACAUUAUUCUCGGAGGAGUAAAAAGCGUGACGCUAUUGGAUGCUGAUGAUGUUUCUGAACUUGACAAUGUGUGCCAAUUCCUAGCACCAAGGGAGUCCAUUGGACAAAAUAGGGCUGAGGCGUCCAAGGGAAGAGCUCAACAGCUUAAUCCAAUGGUCGAAGUCACGGCAGACGGUGCGUCAAUUGACGACAAACCUGACUCGUUUUUCACAUCAUUCAGCAUCAUUAUCGCCACAAAUUGCACAAAAACGCAAAUCAUGCGGCUGAAUAAAGUUACUCGAGAGAAUGAUAUCAAGUUCCUGAUAUCAGAUGUUUUUGGAUUCUUUGGAUUCAUAUUCCUUGAUUUGGGAGAGCAUCGUUACAAGACGGAAGUGGUUAAUAUGGCGGCGAAGAAAGGUGAUGUAAACGUGAUUGAUGGUCUCAGUCGCUACAUAAGUUUUUUGGAUGCCAUAAGUAUUGACUGGAAUCUUGAAGAGUUUGCUGCUCGAGCCAAGAAAACCAGGCCAGGAUUAUUCGGACUCUUUGUUCUUUUGGAAUUUUUUGAGCAAAAGAAACGGAAACCAUUGCCUAGCUCAAGAGAUGAAGAUUUGGCUGAAUUACUCAAAUUGCGAGACGAAUUCAUUGAAAAGAAUGGAAUUGCAAAGGAUCGAAUUCCUGACGACUUUUUCGAAACCGUGUUUGGCGAACUUGGUCCCUCUUCUGCUAUCACCGGGGGAGUAUUGGCUCAAGAAGUUGUCAAAGCCGUUUCUCAAAAGGAUGCUCCAUUGGUCAAUAUUUUCCUCUGCAAUCCACUCACUGGAACAGGAUAUGUUGAGAAUUUGGUCGACUAACUUAACACUAGCUAAACAUAAGCAUGGAUAUGUAUUAUAUUUAUGUGUCCCUCCUAUUAUAAAAAGUUUUUUACGUUGUGUGAGCAUUGUUCACACGAAUAUCCAGAUAUAAUAAUAAAUAAAAAUUCAUACAAAACAUGUA